AAGUCUUUUCUUUUUUUCUUUUUUGUUUUGUUUUUGGUUGCCGGGACAGGAAGAAGAAGAAGAAGAAGAAGCAGAGUCAAAUACAGUUUUUCAAAUCGAGUGGCAAAAUUCAAGCUUUUGAUUGUUUCCACCACAACACAACUCAAGUAGUAAGGAGGAAUGAUUCUUCCAUAUUCUACACAUUUCACUUGCCCUGUUCAAGAAAUUGGAUUUAGCACUUGCCCAUUAUUUCCCCAUUUCAAAAGAGAUCGUUUUGACGUUUUUGGUUCGGUGAAAAUUGCCUCCUCCUAUUCGAAGGGGAAUGUUACGAGUUCAAGAAGAAAUGUGAAAGCUUUUGGGUUAGUUGAUAAACUUGGGAAGAAAGUGUGGAGAGAAAAAGAAGAAGAUAGUGACAGUGAAGAUGAGGAAGAUGAAGUGAAAAAAGAUACCUCUGCCGGCAAAAGAUUAGGAAAUGAAGCGAGUCUCGAUGAUCCAGAAGAGAGACGGGAAUGGAGGAAGACGAUAAGAGAGGUGAUGGAUAAGCAUCCCGAUAUCGAAGACGAGGAAGAGAUUGAUAUGGUUGAGAAGAGGAGGAAGAUGCAAAAGCUUCUUGCUGAUUACCCACUUGUUGUGAAUGAAGAGGAUCCCAAUUGGCCUGAGGAUGCUGAGGGUUGGGGAUUCAGUUUCAACCAGUUCUUUAAUAAGAUAACCAUUAAGAAUGAAAAGAAGGAGGAUGAUGAUGAUGACGACGAUGAUCAAGGAGAGGAUAGUGAGAAGGAGAUUGUUUGGCAAGAUGAUAACUAUAUACGCCCGAUUAAAGAUCUCACAACUGCAGAAUGGGAGGAGACGGUGUUCAAAGAUAUCAGUCCUCUCAUGGUUCUUGUUCACAACCGCUACAAAAGGCCAAAGGAAAACGAAAAAUUCAGGGAAGAACUAGAGAAAGCGAUUCAGAUGAUAUGGAACUGUGGACUUCCUUCACCGAGAUGUGUUGCUGUUGAUGCUGUGGUUGAGACAGAUUUAGUCUCUGCUCUGCAAGUAUCUGUGUUCCCAGAGAUCAUCUUCACUAAAGCUGGAAAGAUACUAUACCGUGAGAAAGGCAUUAGAACAGCAGAUGAGCUUUCUAAAAUUAUGGCCUUCUUCUAUUAUGGAGCUGCAAAACCACCUUGUUUGAAUGUUGUGGAUAAUUCGCAAGAACAGAUUCCUUUGGUCGAUGUAAGUGUCAAUUAAGCAUGAGCCUUUGUGAACUUAUGUAAAGUAGUUUCUUCUCUAGUAUGAAGAAAAUGUAUGAACUGAAGAAGGAAUCAAUCUUUUGAAUGUGAAAUGUAUGUUUUUUUUCU